UGUAGUCACAUCAAACCUCUCUCACUCAGUGGCAAGCUGUUCAACAUGCAAACCCUUGAAAGUACAUGAGUGACAACAUCUGAAGAGGUUUUUCUGGAGAUGUUAGAAAUCGAGAUGUCCUGUUGUGUGCAUUGACUGGAGAUAGUGGCUGGUCUCGGGAGAGGCAGUUCUGUUUGUGUUGCAUGUUUAUCUGACGACUUUUCAGGAUUUUUUUACUGGCUUUGGGGAAGCAGACAUGUCUUAUCUUCUCAUUUUGGGACUCAUGGUACUGUGGACUUCACACAUUCAGGCCAUUUCUAAUCGCUGCGAUGCGCCCGUUACAGUCCGUCACAGUACUCCCUGCACAUCCUGCGCCGCUUCCGCCGCCAUCGUUUGCCCGCGAGGGUUCAGGAAGAUCACCCAGAACCCCGAUAUCUGCAGAUACGUUGUGGAGAUCGGCAGUCACCAAGUAGAGCUGUCAGGGUGCUCUCAUAGCUGUCAGGGCGUUACGACAGUCCAUCACUGCUGUCCUGGCUUCUGGGGGCCCCUGUGCUUGCCUUGCCCUAGCUGGUCCGGAAAGAUGUGUAAUGGUUAUGGUACAUGUGACUCUGCAAAUGGCACCUGUGUUUGUAAUGAGGGAUAUACAGGUUUUGCAUGCCAGAAUUGUUUGAAUGAGAACACCUAUGGAGACCACUGCCGUUCAGAGUGCAGCUGUGUGCAUGGAAAGUGUAAUUCAGGACCAGACGGAGAUGGCGAAUGUUACUGUCAGCCGCCAUUUUCAGGACCAAAGUGUGAUAAAGUUUCUUCAUCUUGCUCAAACUGCCUGGCCUAUUCGUACUGUAAGGGAGACAACACAAACGCUGUGUGUGAAUGUAUACCUGGAUACAAGAAGAUUGGAAAUACAUGUAUAGGCGUGUGUUCGCCUGGAAUUUGCGAUGCUAACGCGAAGUGUUCAUUUAGCGGUGGGAAGUUUCAGUGCAAGUGUGAAGAGGGAUUCAAGGGAGACGGUAAACACUGCCUUCCCAUCAACCCCUGCGACACUAAUAAUGGGGGCUGUCCUGCAGAGUCCACUGUCUGUGAAUUCACAAGCCCAGGGAAGUCAAAAUGUGUUUGUUUGCCUGGAAUGGAGUCGUCCGACCCGUUGAAGGGUUGUACGCAAAAAUCGGCCUGCACACUGGGUUCAUGCCACGUCAGCGCCCGCUGCGAGACCAACUCAGACGGCACACCCAGCUGCCGCUGCAAUGCUCAGCAGAUCAGCGAUGGCAGACGUUGCUAUGGUAACCUCAUGGAAAGAGUUCUGGAACUGGACAGAGAGGGCAGUCAGGCAGGAAACCUCACUGGAAGCGUUCGGUUCUUUGAGCAAGCGUGUGAGUUCACACUCAGCCAGCAUGGCCCGUUCACUGCGUUCAUUCCUGCGGGACAGAAUCCUUUCCAAACGCUUGCAGGAAAAUCCUCGAGCAGUGUCCUGAACACAGUGUGCAAAAAUCACCUCAUCCUCGGACAGAAACUCUACAGUGAUCUGGAGGGGAAAGACAUGUGGAUGUAUGGAGGAGAAAAGAUCAGAUUCAAAACAAAAAAGCACUUUAUCCUGAUGAGGGAUCCAGACGUGUUGUUUACUGUACUUGAGAGCGAUAUCCCAGCAUCCAACGGAAUAAUUCAUAUUAUUGACAAGCCCUUUACUCUUGCUCAUAUCGAGUCUUCAAACAACAACAUGGAGUUCUCCUCAAAGACCAUCGGAGAGAUUUUCAGAGAGGAUGACAGGUUCAAUCGAUUCCUGUCUCUGGUAGAUAAUUGUGGAGCCCUGUUGCCUGUCAGAGGUUCAGGUCCGCUUACAGUGUUUGUUCCAACCAACACAGCCAUAGACAAAUCCAGAGAUGGAAGUCUUAUGUACAUGCUGAAUGAAGCCAAACCAAAGCUUCAGAUGCUUCUGAAACACCAUAUGUUCUCCCUGGCCGCUGUUACUGUGGACCAGCUUGCUAGCAUGUCUGAGAUUACAACAAUGGCCAGUGAGAUCUUAAGGAUCAAUGCCUCUGAGGAUGGAAGAGUCUUCCUGGGCGAUAAAGGAAUACCUCUCGAAACGAAAGACAUUGUCGCAUCUAAUGGAAUCAUUCACCUAAUUGAUGGAGUUCUUGUACCUUCCUCUAUAGUUCCCAUAAUGCCCCAUCGGUGUGACAUUAAUGGGAGUAGGAUCUCUUUUGGUACCUGUGUCCGAUGCAGCCAUAUCCAUGAGACACAAUGUCCGCCUGGAAGUGUUGAUCUGGGAUAUAAUUUAAGAGGCUGCGAACCAAUUCCUGAUCGCCGAUGGUCAUAUUCUUUAUUCGAGGAAGGCUGUGCCAAAUACUGCAACAUUACUGAGAGGACGCCACAGUGUUGCAGUGGUUUCUAUGGGCCAGACUGUAAACCGUGCAUUGGGGGUUUCCAGCACCCGUGUUAUGAUAAAGGGACUUGUUUUGACGGCAUCAAUGGGAAUGGCUCCUGUAAAUGUGAACCAGCGUUUACGGGUGUAGGCUGCCACCUCUGCUCAAACCCCAACAAACAUGGAGAGAACUGUGAUGAAGAUUGCCGCUGCGUCCAUGGCGUGUGUGAUAACAGGCCUGACAGUAUGGGGAUGUGUAGAAGAGGAUCCUGUCAGGAGGGGUUUUCGGGGGAGCUUUGUGACCAGACCGCUACCCCCUGCAAUUCAGACGGCAUCCUCGAGCACUGCCACAUUCACGCUAAAUGUGUCUACCACAACGAUCAAACCAUGUGUGUUUGUCUGCCUGGAUACGAAGGAGACGGUUACACCUGCACUAAAACCAAUCCCUGCCUCCAGCCUCAGAGAGGAGGCUGCGACGUCAAUGCUGGAUGUAUGUACGAUGCAGGAAAGGUGAACUGUGUUUGUAUGGAAGGAUGGACAGGCGAUGGACGUUUGUGUGUGGGAAUCAAUAACUGCUUGAGUGAGAGCCGUGGUGGAUGUCAUGAAAAUGCACAAUGCACAGUCACUGGACCAGGACAGAAUGAAUGUAGCUGCAAGAAAGGCUUCAUGGGAGACGGCGUCGUCUGUAAAGUCGUCAACCCCUGUUUGUCAGCUAACGGAGGCUGCCAUUCUCGGGCCACAUGUAAAUUAAAGAGCCCAGGAAUACGUGAAUGCGUGUGCCGAAACGAAUACGAAGGCGACGGACUCACAUGUUACGGAAACAUGCUUGUGGAGCUAGAUGGAAACUCUGAGUUUUAUAAUUUCAAUCGCUUCCUUCUAAGGCACAAAGUGAUUGACAGCGACAGAAGAGUCACAGCUUUGGUUCCAUCUAAAGCUGCUUUCAAAAACCUCACCGAUUCAGAGGAGUCGUUUUGGUUCGAUUAUUACAGGCUUCCUCACCUUCUGCAAGUUCAUUUUUUAGAUGGGAUAUACACCUCUGAAGACUUACAGCAGAUGGUUGGUAAAACAGUACAGACUCUAGGAAAGACUAAAUGGGAGGUCAAUAGCAACGGCAGGGAGCUCAUGAUCGGCAAUGCUACCAUCAUCGCUCCAGACCUCAAGGCAAUAAAUGGGUGCAUUCACAUCAUUGACACGGUUCUUCGACCUGCUCUAUCUGAUUUCCCUCCACCUCCUCCUGGUUUGAUGGAGUUCCUGAACAACACGCCAGAAUUCAGCCUUUUCAGGGAGGCGGCGCUGCUCUACAACUUGGAAAACAAUAUCCCAACUAGAGAUUACACCAUUUUUGUCCCAAAUGACAAUGCCAUGCAAGAGUACCUGAAAAAAACAAACUCGACACAACUGAGCCUAGACAUUGUAAAAUAUCACAUAAUUCUUGGCGAGCAACUCUUUCCUGAACACUUGGGCGAAGGAAUUUUCAAAAACACGCUUUUGGGAAAUGGCACUCAGAUCAUGUUUUUUGUGGACAUUGAUAAUCAGACAACGGCCAAUGACGUUCCCGUAAACGGAAGCUUCACUGAGACGAGGCAUGGCACUGCAUUCGGCAUCCCACGUGUCUUAGACCUCCACAAGAACCACUGCAGUAAAGAUGUGAUUUUAAAGAUUUCAGGUCGCUGUGGAGAUUGUAACACUGAACCUAAAUGCCUCUAUAAUGCCAAACCUGUGCAACCAAAGUUCCCUCAAAAUAUGAGGCCAAACUGUAAAUACAGGACAAGAGUUGAAAGAAAGAGAAUGAGUGUGCCAGGCUGUUACAUGGACUGCUUGAGAACAACAAAGGACCAUUCCUGCUGUCCAGGAUACUUUGGGCAUGAUUGCUCCAAAUGUCCUGGGAGUGUGGAUAACUGGUGCUCCAACAACGGUCAAUGUAAGGAUGGGUUGUUUGGCAGUGGGGAGUGUCUCUGUAAUGAGGGCUUCCACGGAACGGCCUGCGAGAUGUGUGAACCUGGGAGAUAUGGAAAAGACUGCAAGUCUGAAUGCCACUGUGAACAUGGCAAAUGUUUGGACGGUAUGGAGGGAAAUGGGCAGUGCAUUUGUUUCAAAGGUUGGAAGGGAGUGAAUUGCUCUGUUGCGGUAGUUAAUGAUGCCUGUGGUGGAGUUUGUGAUGUCAAUGCUAACUGUAUCUCAGGAGGUUCAGGAGCUCCUCCAACUUGUUCCUGCAUAGCUGGUUAUAAGGGUAAUGGGACAUUUUGCAAAGAAUUUGACCCAUGUACCACAAACAACGGAGGAUGUUCCAUAAAUGCAAACUGCACAAAAACAUCGCCUGGUGAAAGGAGCUGUACAUGUAAAGCUGGCUACAUUGGUGAUGGGGUUAUGUGUCUUGAAAUGGAUGCCUGCUUAGUGGACAAUGGAGGAUGUGACAAAAAUGCUUUAUGUAUGAAAACUGGACUAAACAGGGUUGCAUGCGCAUGUAAGCCUGGCUUUAUUUCUCAAGGUCAUAGAUGUCUGGCAGUUAAUCCUUGUCGGAAGAAUAAUGGCGGCUGCAGUAUUAAUGCUGUUUGCAGAUACCUCGGGGAUGGGGAACGUAAUUGCACAUGCUAUAUUGGCUACAAAGGAGACGGUUUUAAGUGUGCAGGGACUGUCAGUAGAGAGCUUCUUCGUAUGCCUGAGGCAGCAUGGUUGAGGAGAAAUAUUGGUGUAAUUAGAGUCCGAGAUCUGUACAGUCAAGGCCCUUUCACUGUAUUUGUUCCUCAUGCUGAUUAUGUGGCAAAUGUUUCGACACUGCAGAUUGAAAAGUGGACAAAUACAAGUCACAGUUCAGACCUGCUGCGGUACCACAUUGUCACUUGUGAAGAACUGCGCGAAUCAGACCUCAAAUCUGUUAAAGAAGUGGCUACCAGUAGCGGAUAUAAAUUACGCUUCAGUGUUAGAGAUGGUGUUGUGUACCUCAACGAUAAGACAAAGAUCAUCACCAGUGAUGUUGAGUGCUCCAAUGGAGUCAUACAUUUCAUAGACAAGGUCCUCUUUCCAUAUGAUCUAACGGGCAAGGCAGAUAUCAACACUGAUUUGAACAUUACCGCAGCUGCUGAACAAUAUGGCUUCAAAAUCUUCAGCAAGCUCCUACAGGAUGCAGAAUUGAUGCAUGUGGUGCAGCAUCGACCCUUUUACCCAUUCACCAUGUUCUGGCCAACGGAUGACGUUUUUAACAGUCUUCCUGAGGACAGAAAGAAAUGGCUGUACAGCGAAGACCAUCGUGAUAAGUUACAAGCCUACCUCAAAGCUCACAUAGUCCGUGACCAGAGGGUAGUUGCUGUUGCUCUUCCUGCUGAGAAGAGCUUGGAAACAUUGUUUGGAUCUGAGCUCACCUUCAGUUGCAGCAAAAAUUUAAUUGGCGACAUAUUAAUCAAUGGAAACAAUGCCAGAAUAGUAGCACGGAACAUGAUGUUUGAUUCAGGAAUCGCUCAUGGGAUUGAUCAACUUCUGGAGCCACCAAGCAUUGGUGCUCGCUGUGACAACUUCACAAGCAUAGAGAUAAAGGGACUCUGUGGUUCUUGCGGUGUGCCGCCCCGUUGUCCCAUUGGAUCAGAGGACUCAAACAGAACUAGCAUAUGUAGACGACCUUAUUCACCUUACAUGUACAGACGGCCCAGUUAUUAUGGGUUGUACUCGUACGGUUAUGGAUACAACUCAUACAGAGAUUGGCUUGGCUGUAAUCGGGUAUGCACAAAAAUGACGUGGGCUGUUAAAUGCUGUAAAAACCACUUUGGAAGAGACUGUCAAGUGUGUCCUGGAGGACUCGAGGCACCAUGUGGAGAGCAUGGAGACUGUGAUGACGGGCGCACUGGCACAGGGACGUGUAAAUGUCACAAAGGUUUUACAGGCACAGGCUGUGAGCUGUGUGAAAGCAGUCAUUUUGGGCCGAACUGCACAGCAUGUAACUGCACCAGCAGUGGCAUUUGUGAUAGCGGCCUGGGCGGUGAUGGCAGCUGUUUCUGUCAAGAGGGGUGGAUGGGUAAAUACUGCGAAUCAAAAAUCGAAGUCAAGCCGAUUUGCUCGCCUGCAUGUGAUCUCAAUGCAGUGUGCCUCCCUGAAAAUAACUGCAAGUGUGUGCCGCCCUAUGGAGGAAAUGGCAUUAACUGCACGGCCCCAGAUUUUUGCAGUGAAUAUAACGGAGGCUGCCACGAAGCAGCUGACUGUUUGCAGAGCGGUAUCAAUGUUACCUGUUCCUGUCAGGCCGGAUACUCUGGAGACGGAUACGUCUGCUCGCCCAUCAACCGAUGUGUAGAGGAGGCGAACGGUGGCUGCAGCGAUUUCGCAGAAUGCAUUUUCACCGGACCUAAUGAGAGGCGCUGCGUAUGUCUCGAGGGGUACGUGGGAAAUGGAAUCCAGUGUUUGGAGAAAGUGGUGCCCCCUGUUGACCGCUGCCUGGAGGACAACGGCGGCUGCGACCCCAAAGCCACAUGCAAAGACCUUCAUUUCCACACAAAAAUGGGGGGUGUUUUUCACCUGCGCUCACCUGAGGGGAAGUAUAAACUGAACUACAGCCAAGCACAGGAAGCUUGCAAGGCUGAGGGAGCUACUCUUGCUACAUUCAAGCAGCUCUCUGAUGCCCAACAGUUGGGAAUGCAUCUAUGUGUGGCAGGAUGGAUGGACGACAAGAAAGCUGGCUAUCCAAUCCGGUUUCCUUCUGCUAAAUGUGGUGAUAAUCAUGUUGGUAUUGUGCUGUACAAAGAGCCAGUCAACGCCAGUUGGCCGUAUGACGCAUACUGCUACAGGAUGAAAGAGGUGUCUUGUGAAUGUAAACCUGGAUACGUUGGAAAUGGGGAAUUCUGUAACGGAGACUUGGCCUCGGUUGUUGCCACCACUUCCAAUUUUUCUCUGUUCUACACAACUUUACUGAAGUAUGCAGAGGAAGGUGAGGAGGGCAAGAACCUGCUGAAGUCCCUGUCCGACAAAUCAUUAAACAUAACAGUUUUUGUACCUCAAAACAACGGUUUCUCUGCCAACAAGACCUUAUCAUGGAGGGAUUUGCUAUAUCAUAUAUCCAGCAUCAAUAGUCUGCACUUCUAUGAAGACUUGAAGCACAACACCAUAAUCCCGUCUCGUCUGGGUUCUGAUCUAGUCGUGACGAUUCCCUCCAAUUCCACUGGUCAGGCUGAGGACUCUCAACCUCAGAAAUUGGUGAAUAAGAAGGUCAUAUUGGCCUGGAACAUUCCAGCCAUCAAUGGUCUGAUCCAUGUCAUUGAUGGGCCUUUCAGAGCUCCACCUGUUCCAGUGCCGGCAGUUCUUCCAAUCUCACAGUCCAGCAGGGUCGCAGUCACCACUGUGCUGAUUGUCUUUGCCAUUGUUGCUAUUGUUGCUGGGCUCGCAUACUACGUCCUCAAGCACAAGAACGACGCCUUUCGUUUCCAGUAUUUUAAGAAUGAUGAUGAAGAUGGUGCUUCCACAAAAGGUGGUGGAAACCCUGCUUUAGUAUCCAUCCCAAACCCUUUAUACAGUGGCUACAGGGCAUUUGCAGAGCCGUUUGGGGAUUCAGCUGCUACAGACACACCCAACCUCAUGGACUAGCACAGACAUCAGCGCCGACCUCCUCUCCCUUUCAUUAUCUGCAAUCAGCUGGAGGGCCUGGCUGGAGGAGGUGGCCUCAACACCUUUGUAUAUGGUUAAACCUAAAAAUAAAAGACUUAAAUGCCCUAAUUAUGUCCUAGACAACAUCAGCCAACCGUGGUGCCUUCAGUUCAAUAAAAAUAUCUGCUAAAAA